AUGGAGGCUUCUUUGCAGAACCUGGGCCAGGACGACACCUACAACUCGCACGGGGUGCACAGAGCCUCUCCCACGCUUGCCGAGGCGCUCUCCGCCGUCGCCGUCGAUCGCUUCCUCGUGUCACCACCCCUCCCCCCCGAUUUCUCCAAUCCGAAGAAGAUGGCUGUCAAUCGCAUUCGAGGCGCCUUUGCCGUGCCCCGAAAAGGCGAGACCUUUGAGCUCCGGGCGGGCCUGGUCUCUCAGUAUGCCUACGAGCGGAAGGAGUCGAUCCAGAAGACCAUCAUGGCCAUGACGCUCGGCAAGGAUGUCUCCGCCUUGUUCCCCGACGUCCUGAAGAAUAUUGCCACGGCCGACUUGGACCAGAAGAAGCUGGUAUAUCUAUAUUUAAUGAACUACGCCAAAUCACACCCGGACCUUUGUAUUCUCGCCGUGAACACGUUUGUACAAGACUCCGAAGAUCCCAACCCACUGAUACGAGCGCUGGCGAUCCGCACCAUGGGCUGCAUCCGUGUGGACAAGAUGGUGGACUACAUGGAGGAACCGUUGCGGAAGACGCUACGAGACGAGUCGCCCUACGUGCGCAAGACGGCCGCCAUCUGCGUCGCCAAGCUGUUCGAUUUGAACCCGUCCAUGUGCAUAGAAAACGGGUUCCUGGAAACGCUGCAGGAACUGAUCGGAGACCCAAAUCCCAUGGUUGUCGCCAACUCGGUCCAAGCGCUGGCGGAAAUCUCCGACACGGCGCCCGAGACGCGAGCUUUGAUCAUCACCCCGGCGACGCUCAAGAAGCUUCUCCUGGCCUUGAACGAAUGUACGGAAUGGGGAAGAAUCACCAUCCUGAGCACGCUCGCCGACUACCAGUCCGCAGAUGCCAAGGAGGCGGAGCAUAUUUGCGAACGGGUCGUGCCGCAGUUUCAACACGUCAACCCGAGCGUUGUCUUGGCCGCCAUCAAGGUCGUCUUCACCCACAUGAGAUCUGUCAGCCCAGAGCUGGCCCGAUCCCACCUCAAGAAAAUGGCACCGCCACUAGUCACCUUGGUCGCCUCGGCGCCCGAAGUGCAGUACGUCGCCUUGCGAAACAUCGACCUCCUUCUCCAGGCCAAGCCCGAUAUUCUCCACAAAGAACUGCGCGUGUUCUUCUGCAAAUACAACGAUCCGCCGUACGUGAAACUGCAGAAGCUCGAAAUCAUGGUCAGGAUAGCAAACGAGAAGAACUUUGAGCAGCUUUUGGCCGAGUUGAAGGAGUACGCGUUGGAAGUCGACAUGGAUUUUGUCCGGAGAGCAGUCAAGGCCAUCGGCCAAGUCGCCAUCAAGAUCGAGAGCUCCAGCGCCAAAUGCGUUCAAGCGCUCGAGGAUCUCAUGUCAACCAAAGUGAACUACGUCGUCCAGGAAGUUGUCGUUGUCAUCAAGGACAUCUUGCGAAAGUACCCUGGUUACGAGGGAGUGAUUCCGACGCUGUGUGAGCACAUUGACGACUUGGACGAACCGGAAGCCCGCGGGUCUCUCAUCUGGAUCGUUGGGGAGUACGCGGAGAAGAUUGGCAAUGCCGAUGCCAUCCUCGAAGGGUUUGUCGAGGCAUUCUUGGAGGAGUUCACCCAGACGCAACUGCAAAUCUUGACUGCCGUCGUCAAGUUGUUCCUGAAGAAGCCAGGCAACACGCAGGGUCUCGUUCAAAAAGUUCUACAAGCUGCCACGGUCGAGAAUGACAACCCCGACAUUCGAGACCGUGCCUACGUGUACUGGCGUCUGCUCUCCGGAGAUCUGGACGUCGCCAAGUCUAUCGUUCUAUCACAAAAACCGACAAUCUCCACGACCAUGACGACGCUGCCUACCGCCUUGCUGGAGCAGCUGCUGACAGAGUUGUCGACGCUCGCCUCGGUGUACCACAAACCACCCGAGUCCUUUGUUGGCAAGGGUCGGUUCGGCGCCGACGAGAUUCAAAGGGCGGCGCUCCAAGAGCAGCGGCAAGAUGCCGAGGAGAACCCCAUCGCAGCGUCGAUGGCAACGGCAACAGGCGCGAGCGGCGGCGCCUCGCAAAACAACAUCGAAAACCUCCUCGACAUCGACUUCGAUGGCGCCGCACCGGCGUCCCAGGAGGAGCAGAGCAGGACGGCAACGCCCGAUCGGAUGGCCAGUCCGUCCGGAGGCAUGGCUGACAUGAUGAGCAUGUUUGGCGCCCCUCCUGCCCUAGGCAGCGGCAGUAACGGGGCAGGGCCCGAGGGAAGCGCCAGCGCCGGCGGUGGUGGAAUGGGCGACUUGAUGAGCGGGUUUGAGACGUUGGACUUUGGUGCGGCGCAGUCGAACGCGCCACUGCCUCCGGCGAUGCAACUUCAGAAUGCUCAAGGUUCGCACGCGCCGAAGAAAGAUAGCGACGACUUGUUGGGUUUGCUGUAG